AUGGAUGCUGGAAAAUUGUUAGAGCUUUGCGUGCCAGAUUACUUAGUUGAGCCAUUGUUAGUUGCGUCUGACUCUUCUACUUUAGAUAAGGUGCUAGUGCGUCUCGUUGAAAUCUCCAAAACUCCUGAUGGCCGGUCAGUCCUCGCUUCCAAGAAUGUCAUGAUACCAAUCCUUAACCUAUGUCAAUCCCUAUGUUACCCUCCUUCUCGCCACUUUCUCUUGUUGUCCCUAAAACUGCUCAGAAACCUGUGUGCAGGAGAACUAGAUAAUCAAAACUUAUUUAUUGAACAAACUGGUGUUGGAAUUGUUUCAAGUAUCAUUAAUUCUUUAGUGCUAGCUUCUGGUUCUGACAAUGAGAUUAUUUGUAUGAGCAUGCAACUUUUGGGAAACAUCUCAUUGGCUGGGGAAGAACAUCAGCGUGUUGUUUGGCUCCAUUUCUUCCCGCUUGAGUUUUUGGAAAUUGCUAAAGUUAGAAGCAAAGAAACAUGCGAUCCUUUGUGCAUGGUUAUCUAUACAUGUUGUGAAGGUAAUGAUGAACGAUUGGUUGAACUGUUUACGGAUCAAGGGGUACAUGUAGUGGUGGAAAUUAUACGGACUGCAGCAGUAGCUGGAUUUAAGGAAGACUGGCUGACGUUGCUUCUCUCUAGAAUUUGCCUGGACAAGUCUUACUUUUCACCAGUUUUCUCUGAAUUGUCCCUGGUUAGUGCAGCUGAGAACCAUGACGAUGAUAUGUCUAGAGUUAACCACUUUGGAGGAGAGCAUGCAUUUUUGUUGAGCAUUCUAUCAAAAAUCUUGAAUAAGCAAAUCGUGGAUGUUGCAGUGUCCAGUUAUUUUGCUUUGUCUAUUCUUGGAAUAUUGAGAAAUGUGAUUGGGAUUGUUGAUUUUGUUGAAGCACCGAAAUCAGGUCUUCCUACAGGCUUAGCUGUUGUUGAUGUUCUAGGAUACUCCCUAACCAUUUUGAGAGACGUCUGUGCCUGUGGCGGUGCUACGGAGUCUAAAGAGGAUGUGUCUGGGGGUAUUGUGGGUACUCUAAUAUCCUGUGGGCUCAUUGAAUUGCUUCUAAGCUUGCUUCGCGACCUAGAGCCUCCAAUGAUAAUUAGAAAAACAAUGAGACAAAUCGAGAACCAAGAAGUGAUAACGUCUAGCUCGUCCAAGCAUUGCCCUUAUAAAGUGAGAAAUAUAUUGGAAGGGAAUAUAGAAAACCAACAAGUUAUUGCCAAUUUGGAGCUUCAAGGAUCUGUAGAUGUGCCUGAAAUUGCUCAUCUAGGUCUUCGAGUACAGGUGGAUCCCGAAACUCGACGUGCAAAGCUUGUAAAUGUGUGA